GGCGGUUGUUGGUGCGAAAUCUAUUUCUCUCCCUUCGAAAGUAAUUACAAUGGAUACCGUUCCCGACGACGUCGUCAUCAGCGGCAUUGGCGGCUCCUACCCUCAGUGCGACAAUACGGAAGAGUUCAAGAACAAGUUGUUCGAAAACAAGUACCUUGUCCAGCCGAAAUGGCCCGAAAACAAAGAAAGAUCCAACUUAGUCGGCUGCGUCGAAUCGAAUUACUUCGACAACUCGUACUUCGGCAUCCACCGGCAGCAAUGCUUCUUCAUGGACCCCAUGCACCGCUUGGUGCUCGAGGCCACCUUCCAGGCCCUCCUCGACGCCGGUGUCAACCCGGCGGAAGUCAGAGGCCAAAGGAUCGGCGUCUUCAUAGGCUCCACCAUCGGCGAGAACGACCAGCUGUUCAUGGAGUCCGUGGUGAGCGGCUUCGGCGUCACCGGCCAUGCCAGGGCGAUGCUGGCCAAUCGCGUCUCCUACUGGCUCAAUUUGAAAGGUCCCAGUGUAGCCUACGACGCCAACUGGAUAUCGGGCAUCGAGGUGCUGAGAUUAGCCUACUAUGCGAUCAAGACGGGCCAAUGCGAUUCCGUCAUCGUGGGUACCGCUAAUCUGGCGCAGCACGAGGAAUUCCAGGUCAUGUACAACGAUUUGGGUGUGCUUUCUUUGGACGGGAGCACCAAAGCCUACGAUGCUAAUGGUUCCGGGUACGCCCGCAGCGAAGGAGUGGUCGCCUUCUACGUCCAGAGAGCUUCAAAAGCCCGUCGCCAUUACGCGAGCGUCGUGCACGCGGCGUCGCGAUUCGACGGCACCAAUCCCGGCGGGUUCCUCGACGUCGGUACCGACCAAAUGGUCGAGUUCCUCGAGGAGUUCUACAAAAAAUCACCCGUCAAGCCCACGGAAAUCGACUUCAUCGAAGGGCACGGAUGCGGUCUCAAGAACAUCGACAAGGCGGAACUGGAAGCCCUGGAGAAGAUCUACUGCAAGAACCGCCCGUCGCCGGUGCCGGUGGGUUCCGUGAAGACCGUGACCGGCCACGCGGAGCCGACCGCCGCCAUGUUCUCCAUAGUCAAGACGAUAGUAGCCAUGGAGACGGGCGUCGUGCCGGCGACGCUGCAAGUGGAAGAACCCAAUCCGGAGAUAAAGCCCCUGCGCGACGGUAGCAUCGAGCUGGUGACCACCAACAAGAAGAUGAGCAUCAACUACGCCGCCGUCAACGCUCUCGGUACCGGCGCCCAUUUCGGCCACUUGAUCUUGAAGGCCAAUCCGAAGGCUAAGAAGCCUUUGAAGCCUGUCGAGCUGCCCACCCUGCUUAUCGCUUCGACCAGAACUGAAGAAGGAAUCAUGAAGAUUCUAGAAACUUUCAAACAAAAACCUAAGGAUCCAGAGUACUACAAACUGGUCCAUGAUGUAUUCUCCAAAUCCAUCCAGGGUCAUCUAUACCGCGGGUAUCUUCUAAUGGGCGAAGAAGACACCAAACAGGACAUAAUUAAUCACAUGGGUAACAAGCGACCAAUUUGGUUCGUCUACUCAGGCAUGGGAAGCCAAUGGAACGGCAUGCUGGGCGAUCUGAUGAAAAUCGAAACGUUCGCGGAAUCGAUCGGAAAAUGCUGCAAAAUCCUCGAGAAAAAAGGCAUCGACCUGAUGCGCAUCUUGAGCGACCAAGAAAAUGGGAUCUUCGAUAACAUAUUGAACUGCUUCGUCGGCAUCGCAGCCAUGCAGAUCGCUUUGACGGACGUGUUAACUGUACUUGGUAUAGUACCGGAUGGUAUCAUAGGUCACUCCGUGGGUGAGUUAGGUUGCGCUUACGCAGACGGCUGCAUGACUGCAGAACAAAUGAUCCUAUCCUCCUACUCCAGAGGUAGGGCUUCCGUCGAAGCCACCUUAAUUCAAGGAAUGAUGGCUGCUAUAGGUCUCGGUUACAAUCAGAUAAAAGACAGGCUGCCGCCCACCAUAGAAGUGGCCUGCCGCAACGGCUCCGACAGCUGCACCAUCUCCGGCCCCGCCGAGGACAUGGAGAGAUUCGUGGAGUCGCUGCAGAGCCAAGGCGUGUUCGCCAAGCUGGUGAACGUGGCGAACAUAGCGUACCACAGCCGGUACAUCAAGCCCGCCGCUCCGCUGCUGCUCAAGUACCUCAAGGAGAUCCUGACCAAGCCGAUGCCCAGGUCGUCGAAGUGGAUCAGCACGUCGAACGCCGAAUCGAACUGGGACUCGGAUCUGGCGAGGCACUCGUCGGCCGAGUACCACACCAACAACUUGCUGAGCGCCGUGUUGUUCGAGGAAGGCACUAAGCACAUACCCAAGGACUCGGUGUUGAUAGAGAUCGCCCCGCACGGGUUGCUGCAGGCCAUUUUGAAGCGCUCCGUGAAGGAGUGCACCAGCAUUCCUUUGACCAAGAGAGGCGCCAAGAGCAGCGCUGAAUUCUUACUGAACAGCUUGGGAAAAAUGUACUUGGCCGGUUUGGAUAUGCAACUGGCGAACAUCUACCCCAAAAUCGAGUACCCGGUGAGCAGGAACACCCCAUCGCUGUCCGACUUGGUGCACUGGAACCACUCGGAGACCUGGAGCAGAACCGACGACGCCCAAAAGAACGUGAUGGGCGUCAGAAACGUGGACAUCAACGUCAAUUCCGACGAAUUCGUCCACUGUUUGAACCACAAGAUCCACGAUCAAGCCAUACUACCCAUCACCUCUUACCUGGAUAUAAUUAUGAACAUUACGGACGACGCCUUCACCGGAUACGGAGUCGUCUUGGAGAACAUCCACGUGAAGAAGAACUUGGCGCUGCCGAAGAUCGGCUUCGUGCCGCUGUACGCGAUGAUGCAGCACGGCAGCGGCGAGUUCGAGAUCUUCUCGGGCAGCGAGCUGGUGAUGAAAGGCCGCAUCACCGUGGUGGAGGAGAAGGCCGAUAUGGGCGAAUUAGAGAGCCUUGAUAUUCCGGUGAACGACAAAAGCGUGCAGCUGUCGCAGGGCGACGUCUACACGGAGUUCGGCCACCGGGGAUACCAGCUGGAGGACAGGUACAAGGGCAUCAAGGGGAUGAUUUUGAGCCAGAAAGGCUCCAAGACGGCGGUGAAGUGGACGAAGAGGUGGCAGGAUUUGGUGGAGUCGAUGAUACAGCAGCAGCUGUUCGUGUCGGGGGAGAGGAACCAGGAGGUGUGCAUGCCUAGGUAUAUACAGAAGAUUAGUAUUGUAUUCGGGGCGCUUCCGACGUCCGACGACGCCGACGCCAACGUCGAUUUCGAAUACGCCACCAAGACUAUAUCGGCGCCUGGAGUGGAAAUCUUCGACCUUAGGACUGCUCCUUGCAACAAAAAGGAGCUAGAAGUGAAAUUGGAUUCGUUUAAUAUGAUUGCUUUGGAAGAUGCUGAGUCCAAAAAUAUUCAAUCAGUCAUUGAGCAAACAAUCCAAUUGGCCAUAAGCAAUUUCAAAGGUUCGGCCACGGAUAAAAUAUUCGUCACCGAGUUGGAGACGUUGAAUUCCCUCCAAGAUGACAUCAAAACGUUCAUUGCAACCAACAAAACCAACAUCAACUACACCUGCAUCAAGGAGAAGAAGCAAAUGAUCUUGGUGGAAAAGUACCCACAACUUUUCGUCUACAACGAUUUCGUCACUCCCGAUGUUCUAUCGAUAUUGUCCAAUUCGAGCACUCUGUUUAUGAUUACCAAAGCGAAAAUGGACCAGAAAUUCGACAGCAAAGUGUCCGUUGUGGCUAGAUUCCGAUCCGGUCAAGACCAUUACGCCAUUUUCAAAAAGGCUGUAAGUACCAAACCGAAUGUAAUCCACAUCAACGACACCCCCGUAACGCUCAAAGACAUCGAGAAGAAAGCCACGUGGGUCAAGGAGUUGGUAAACAACACCAAGCAAGACCCCAAUCAACCGACUCUCCUGGUAUCUCCCAAUGUACCCGUGGAAGGCUUCCUGAACUUCCUGAAAGGCGUUAGAGCUCUAACAUCCACCCAGAACAUCAGCGUUUUCUACAACUUGGACCAGAAUCCCAGCAGCCUGGGCACCGCCAUCGAAAAGGACCUCUCUCUGAGCAUCCUGAAAGACGGCCGCUGGUACUCCUACGUACCGCUCACGCUGAAAUUGGACGAAACCGGCGAGAUGAAGGCCUCUCGAGUACCCAUCAUCGAGAACAAGCAGAUCAGCUACAUCAGUUUGAACCUGAAAGACGAGACGGUCACGCCCGAGCUGAAGAACCGAAACGAAAUAGGCAACAUAGACUACAGCGGCGUCACCAAGACCGGCCAGCGGGUCAUGGGACUGGCCUAUUUGGACAAGGAGAACUCCAAGCUGGUGGUCGACGACGUGCUGACGUGGGAAGUACCGCAGGACUUCACUUUAGAUGAUGCUGUUACCAUUCCUCAUGCGUACGUUAGUGCGUACUACAUGCUGAUAGUGAAGGCUAGAUUAAAGCACGGAGAGCCUGUGCUAAUCCACGCCGGUUGCUCCCCAAUCGGUCUUGCUGCUAUGUCCAUAGCGUACAGCUACGGUUGCGAAAUCUUCACCACAGUAUCCACCGUACGCCAGAAGGUGUUCCUGCAAAAGCAGUACGUUUUCCUGAAGCCGAAGAACAUUCUCUUCGCCGCCGACGCCUCCUUCGAGGCCGAGGUGAUGACGGCGACGGCCGGUACCGGCGUGAAGGUGGUGCUGAACUGCCUGUCGGGCAAUUUGCUCAAGUGCUCGUUCAACUGCAUGGCGGAGUUCGGCCGGUUUAUACAGUACUGCAAGUACGACGUGGAGGAGGGCACCACCGUGGGCAUGUCGGUGUUCCUGCGGAACGUCGACUUCUGUCACGUGGACCUGCAGAACGUCUUCCACCAGGACGGCGACUUGAAGAAGGAGCUGCGCGAUUUGAUCCAAGAGGGAUUCAAGAAGUUCGUGGUCAGGCCGUUGAAGAAGGAGAUUAUUAAUCAUCACAACAUCUCCCAGAUUAUGAGAAAAUUAGAAUCUCCUGAUACGAUAGGAAAGCUGAUCAUCAGCGCAGUAAACAACUUUAACGUUAACAAACUUAAUGUAAACGAACCCCAUCGGUUCGCAUGCGGCUCCAAAUACACCUAUCUGAUCUACGGAGGAUCAGCCGACAACUGGCUGCACGUAGCCGAAUGGCUGGUGCACAGAGGCGCCAAAAAAAUAAUAAUAAGCAGCGAUGGUAGACUUGUAGAAAACCACCUCCAAAGAAGACUAAGCAUCCUGGAAAACUACUACGGAGCCGAUCUGAUAACAGCCUCCCAUAACGGCCCGUCUGAGUCUAACGCCCACCAGCUGCUUGCUGAGGUGGUGAAUCUGGGUGAUAUUCACGUGACGUUCAUUCUGAGCGAUGAGAACAGCGUCGUGCAGUACUUCGAUGAGGCUUUGAGAAAAGUAGCACCGAAGGCGACCUUGGUGAACAUCACCAAAUCGUCGAAUGCUGUUUGUUACAAACGGGCGAUGUCUGGAUACUCCGGCAUCAACAUCGAAAUGCCGGAUCAAGAGGAUAUCCAACGCGUAGUGGCUAGUUUGGAUAUCGUUUUGAGCUCGGAUUCGAACGAUGUGGUGAUCGAGAGGUACCGAUCCGACGAUUCUUCUGUCAAUUCCAGCAAGGCCGUGAUCAACGAUAUAUCCAAAUUGAUCCCCAAAAUCGACGAUAUUAUCCAACGCCAGAAGAACGCUCCUAGCGAACCGGACUUGCUGCAGGUGGUGACAGAAGGUCCGGCGGAAAUCAGGGAAUUGAUUCCUGUAUUCAUCAUUCCCGGACUCGCCGGCAACAAGGAACUGGAAAUAUUCACCAGGAACCUCCUCUAUCCCACUUUCUACGCUGUAUACCCUUCCGCGCCGUGGCCUUUGGAGAAACUUGCUGAAGUUUUCGCUCAGAAAAUGAGCGAGGUGUACCGCAAGGAGAUAUACAACAUCGUCAGCACGUCCUCCGGAGGACCUUUGGCAAUCCUGAUAGCCAAACAACUGGCCAAGAGAAACGCCACCCUGACGCUGUUCUUCAUCGACAGCGCUCCCGUGAGGAUCCAGCAAGGCUUCAAAAACCUUCUGGGCGACGACGGGGUCGAAUUCGAGGUGGAUUUGCUCAGGAUGGCCUUCAAAAUCAACGACAUGGAGAUUAUCCAGCCGCUGAAGAGCUGCGCUAGUUUCGAGGAUAGGGUGAAAUUGCUGGUGGGAAGAGUGGAGAAAACCGAUAAGGAGAAGAGUUUGAUAGAGAAAGGGCUUUUGGUGGUCAAGGACUUCAUCGAUAGGGUGAAAUCGUUCGAAUGGAGAGAGGAGGCGAUAGCUGCUGGGCAAAUUCACGUGCUCGUUCCGGAAGAUUGCAGCAUCUUCGAUUACUAUGGAAUGACUUCGUACUUCAAGAGUCUCCCUACUGUAACCAAAAUGGCUGGCGAUCAUAUCAGCAUCAUCAAAAACCCGGACACGCAAGAAUACGUUAACAAUCACCAUUACCAAAUUUACUAGAUGUUACUAAUUAGAAUAUAUUUGAUUGUACCAGGAACUUUUAUUUAGUUUCAAAAGAAGGUAUAAAAUAAAGUGAUAAAGAUGAUUGAA